AUGGACCGUCAACAGCGGCAUAGUUCGGUGGCCUCCACAAAGAAGGGCGGGCAGAGUGAUUCCAAAUUUGUUUCGUUUUGCACAUUCAUUGCUCUACACCAGGUUACCGAAAUAGUAACAACACUUGCAACAGUUUUUGCCCUGUUUGGAAAUGAUCUAAAGCUCUGGGCCACAUCGGUGUCUGCUGAUUUGCCCUUUGACAUACUUACUAUCAUUUGCCUAGUGAUAUUUGCUCUAGAAAUAUUUGUUAGCUGCGUUGGCAAGGAGAAUUACACAUGGCAUACAUUUUUUUGGUUCGAUUUAAUUUCUACCGGAACCUUAAUUCUAGACCUGUCGUGGAUUUACUACGAGAUGUACUUGGUCGUCGAAGAAAAUGCGGAGAUGGCAUCUAGUGAUGUUAUGCAAGUAUCUCGAGCAGGAAAGGCCGGCUCCCAAGUAGCUAGAGUGCUAAGGGUAAUGCGCUUGGUCCGACUCAUCCGAGUUGCAAAGCUAUACAAAACAUUGGCACUGCGAUUUCAGCCUAAGGACGAAGUAACAUAUCAACAAGACCUGUUUCUAGAGCCUGGCGAGCGUGCGCCUGAUGACGUUGGGUUGGAAGAGGAGGCAGAAAUAGUUGAUGAUGGAGAUGAGAAUGACAGCAAAAUCGGGAGGGAACUCACAGAUAGGACUACCAGAAAGGUGAUUUACAUAAUCCUCGUUAUGACCAUAGUGCUACCCUUUCUGGCUGAAGACCAGUACCUUUCAAGGACGAGCUCUGAACAGUCAGGGCUGGACAGCGUUGCAGAGUCCGCUACAGCGGCUAAACGAUACAACACAGCCCCUUGGUGGCGAAUGUAUUCUAUGAACACUGUUUACUACAUCAACUACCACCGCAAGCACGGCAUCGCUUACGUCGAGGGUGAAAUCAAUCCUCAGAAUUUGGUGUACAUCGAGCUUCCACUUCCUCUAACUCACGUCACUGAGUCAGCUGGGCGAGUAUUUGUAGAUAUGGCAUGUCUUGGCUUCAAGAGUUGCGACCAUCCACUGGAACUGCCGCCGCAAAACGCAGAAGAGCUUCUCCUUGAAGGUGCCGUAAAUGGUACAAUGCUCACCGACGAACUGGAAUCAAUAGAUUCAUUACGACCGAGUGAAAGGGAAAUAUUUUCUUCUGCGUUUUGUGAAGGGCCUUCAGAGGAAGUGGCAGGGCCGCUGGAAACCCAGAAAGCAUCAUCAUGCGUGGCUCAGAACAUUGCGACUUUCAAAGCAGUGUAUGACAAGCGCGAGCUCUCGCACUUGGAGUGUGCCUUGAGUAUGCUAAAAACAGUGUUCGUGUGCCUAAUUAUGGUUAUUGGCACCGUCGCAAUUAAUCAUGACAUCAAUACACUCAUUUUGAGACCCAUCGAACGGAUGAUUACAAAGAUGAACAAAAUUAGAAACAAUCCUCUUGCUGCUACUAACAUGAACGCAGAUGGAGAGGACCGUCCAGGCGACGAUAGCGCCGACAGCGGAAAAGGAGAUCCCUUGCAGGCAUUGAAAACCUGGAUAGGCGGUAAAAGCUCUAAGACGCAGAAGGAGAACUACGAGACUGCCAUUUUAGAAAAAACUAUAAUAAAGAUCGGGGGCCUUCUGGCCCUUGGUUUUGGAGAGGCGGGAGCUGAAAUCAUUGCUAAGAAUAUGCACACUGCAGAUGGAAACAUAAACGCAAUGAUAGAAGGACGCAAGAUGGAAGCUAUUUUUGGUUUUUGCGACAUCCGAAAUUUUACAGAUGCAACGGAAAUACUAAAGGAAAAGGUUAUGGUAUUUGUGAAUCAGAUUGCGGAAAUUGUCCACGGCACUGUGGACCAGUUCUCGGGAAGCGCAAACAAAAAUAUAGGAGACGCGUUUCUUCUCGUAUGGAAGUUUCCUGAGAGGGAGGUUGCCGAUGGCGUAAAAGAGCAGAUUAUUGACACUGUCACGAGCAACAAACUGGCAGACAUGGCAGUGAUGUCUUUUGUCAAAGUCGUAGCUGGAAUAAACAAGUCACACACUUUGGCUGAAUAUAGGGAAAUACCUGAGAUCAUUGAGCGCAUGGGAACUGGUUGGAAAGUAAAGAUGGGCUUCGGCCUACACGUAGGAUGGGCAAUUGAAGGCGCCAUCGGAUCGGAAUACAAAAUUGACGCUUCAUAUUUGUCGCCGAAUGUGAACAUGGCUUCCCGGCUAGAAGCAGCAACGAAGCAGUAUGGAGUGACUAUCCUCAUAUCGUCCGACCUGUACGAUAUCAUGUCUCCGCAGACACAGACAUACUGCCGUCAAAUUGACCGUGCGACGGUAAAGGGCUCAAAGGUGCCUUUGGGCCUCUAUACGGUUGACUUAGAUCCUGGCAGACUGCAAGUUCCAACACGGACUCCUGUUACAGUUGCCUCUAAAAACACGUCCAGUCUUCAAAGACAGCAACGUCUCCGAGAAAAGCACAAGCUAUGGUCCAGUCGAACUUCGAUUUCUGCAAUGUUUGAAACUGAUCCUGAUAUCGUGUCUAUGCGCGAACAUUUGACCAAAGAAUUUCUCGGGACGUUUCGCUCAGGAUUCAGGCAUUACGAAGCGGGCGAGUGGUAUACCGCUCGGGAAAUAUUUGUUCGCACACAGUACAUGCUUGGCGUGGAGGAUGGCCCUUCCACGGUGCUGCUUCACUUCAUGAGCACCAAGAACUACGUCGCCCCGGAAGAUUGGGGAGGGUUUCGUGAGCUCAUAGAGAAGUGA